AUGUCCCCACGCACCCUGCAAUCAGACACCGAUCCGCCGCCCACAGGCCUCACCUCGACCGUAGGCAACUCCAUCUUCGUGACAGUCCUGCGACAUCGGCUGAAGACCAUCUCCGACGGCCAGACGGUGCUGCUGCUGAACACGGCCCUGUGCGACCUCGGCAUCUCGGUCACAGGCUACCCCUACACCACCAUCAGCUCUUACGCAGGACGCUGGAUUUUCGGUGACGUCAUGUGUCAGAUGUAUGGGUUUCUGUGCUUCACGCUCAACCAGGUUCAGAUGAAUACUUUGGUUGUCGUUGCCAUCUUUCGGUAUAUAAGUAUCUGCCAUCCUCAGUUCAAACACCUCCUGAAACCAAGCCUUGCCAAGCGAUGCCUUAUAGCGGUCUGGCUGUACGGCGUGGCUUGGUCGACACCGCCUCUGCUCGGUUGGUCUCGCUAUACCAAAGAACCGUUCGAGACCUCUUGCUCCACUGACUGGUAUGAUCGCUCGCUCUCCGGCAUCGCCUACAGCAUAUGCCUGGUUGUGUUCUGCUACGCCGUCCACGUGAUCUGCCUCGCCAUCUGCUACCAGAAAAUUCUCUACAAGUCUCGCCAGCUCCAGCUCUCCCUGCCGGAGACGAACCCCAAGCUUUCCUUGUAUGGCGACGACGACAUCAAUAUGAUGAACAUCAUGAUGAUGUGUAGUUUCCUCAUGUUUUGGACACCCUAUGCAGUUUGCUCCAUCAUUUCCAUCUUCAAGACUGACAUCAGCACUUUCUGGUAUGUGUUCCCCACCGUGUUCGCCAAAACAUCGUGUAUGAUGAACCCUAUUAUUUACGGCCUGAGCCACAAACUGCUAAGGCGGGAACUUCUGAAGCUGUUAAGGACAUGCUGCUGUGUGGACAAGUCGGACGACAUCCGGGACCUGCAGGAGACUCGAAAGCGGUUCGUCGAGGGAACGUAUGACAAGGAAGGCAUAUACGUAGGCAAAGUUCGUGUAGGCCUAUGCACAUGCAACGGCUGCGUGGUUGGCCGGCGGGAGAUGGCAGUGUUAGCUCGGCUUCAGAAGAGUCCGGUGGACCCGUCCCGUCAAGAGGAGGACUCGAGCUCGGAGCACAGGAAUAUGUGCAGCAUCACCCUGAUGGACGACAGCCCCCCGAGCGACGCCAAGAACGGCCAGUGCUCACGCGACUGUCACCAUGGCAAAAACGAAGACGAGACAGGCAUGGUCGAGGUCAUCAUGAACCCCAAGCUGUGCCAGGCCGCCUCCGCUUGCCACGAGCCGACCUCCACCUCCUCCUCUUCCUCUUCCUCUUCGGGAUUCAAACAGAAAAGCCCGUUCAAAGAGGAUUCGGACAAAGAAGAGUCGGUGCAGAUCUCGGUCACAGCGUUGUUCACCAAAAAUACUUCGAAGGCUGGUGACGGAGGCGGGCUGCCAGGCGACGACGGGAAGUCCAGCCGUGAAGAGACAGUUAUUGUCACAAAUUCAACUUCAUCCGUCAUCACCACGGACUCGACGACAGUCACUCAGGUUAAGCACUGA